ACGUGUGUGUGACCGAAAGUUGAAACGAAUUCUCGUCUUUCGGCUCGUUGCUUUCCGUUUUUUUUUCUUUCAAUUUUCGGUUGAGCUGAUAUGUGCACGUUCCCCUUGCAUUGUUCCGUCAGAGACCGAUAGAGGAAAAGAGAAGAAAAAAAACGAAAUAAAAAUCGACGGAUACAUUCGAUUCUUCCUUGUCCCCCGCUCCUGUGCGGGAUCCCAUCCGCGCUGCUGUCGGACAUUCUCAGCCGGAACGAAACGGUGGUUCUGUUUACACUGGAAAAAUUGACAGUCUUCGAGGAUGUACGCGAAGGGGAAGGGGUCCACGGUGCCCUCGGAUUCUCAAGCGAGAGAAAAAUUAGCCUUAUAUGUGUAUGAGUAUUUAUUACAUGUUGGAGCACAAAAAGCAGCACAGACAUUCUUAUCAGAGAUACGAUGGGAAAAGAAUAUUACUCUUGGAGAACCACCUGGAUUUUUGCACUCUUGGUGGUGUGUAUUCUGGGACCUAUAUUCUGCAGCACCCGAAAGAAGGGAUUCCUGUGAACACAGCAGUGAGGCCAAAGCUUUUCAUGACUAUGGCUUUGUGAACAGCGGUUACGGAGUUAAUGGUAUUGCACAUAAUGCUGGUCCAGCUCCAUCCCCCAUAGGACAAAUGCCACCCAAUGAUGGUAUGCCUGGUGGUCCAAUGUCUUCUGCAUUCUUUCCAAACAACUCGACAAUGCGACCAUCUCCGCCCACACACCCCUCAUCACAGCCAUCCCCCCAGCACCCCCAGCCACCCCCGCCCCCACACUCGCAGAUGAUGUCCACUCAGUUCAUGGGCCCCCGAUAUCCUCCUGGACCAAGACCUGGAGUACGUAUGCCACAAAUGGGAAAUGACUUCAAUGGACCACCUGGACAACCAAUGAUGCCAAACAGUAUGGAUCCAACUAGACAAGCCCCACCAGGCAUGAACCCAAUGAACCCAAGGAUGAAUCCCCCGAGAGGACCUGGAAUGGGUCCAAUGGGACCUGGAAGUUACGGGCCAGGAAUAAGAGGACCACCACCUAACAGUACUCUAGGUCCUGGAGGACCAGGUGGUCCUGGAAUGCCACCGAUGAGUAUGGCUGGGCCAGGCGGCCGACAACAAUGGCAACCCAACACAUCUACGCCAAUGAAUUAUUCAUCGUCAUCUCCGGGUAAUUACGGAGGACCACCAGGAUCAACUGGUCCUCCAGGGCCAGGUACACCAAUUAUGCCUAGUCCGCAGGACAGUAGUAAUAGCGGUGGCGAAAACAUGUAUACCAUGAUGAAACCUGUACCUGGAGGAAAUAUGCCUGGUGACUUUCCAAUGAGUGGUGGACCAGAAGGUGGUCCAAUGGGUCCCAUGGGACCAAACACAAUGGGUCCUGUUCUAAACGGUGAUGGUCUUGAUGGAAUGAAAAACAGUCCAGCUAACGGAGGCCCUGGAACACCUCGAGAAGAUAGUGGAAGUGGAAUGGGUGACUAUAAUCUGGGUGGUUUCGGAGGUCCUGGAGAAAAUGAUCAGACCGAGUCAGCGGCCAUACUCAAGAUCAAGGAGAGCAUGCAGGAGGAGGCGAAGAGGUUUGAAAAGGAUUCAGAUCACCCCGAUUAUUUCAUACAGUAACUCUCCACGAAUCAUAUAAAAGGGCUUUUUGAGACCAAACUAACCUCCUGAGAGGGCGAUUCGCAAAGAAAAAAAAAACGAACACCACCCUAUCUUCUUCCUUUACCCAGUAUUCCUCGCUGCACUUGUACUCCACGAUACCAAUCUAUUCCCCCUCUUUUCUCCCCACCCGAACCCUACUUUGAAGAGAGAUGUUGAAAAGUACGUUGAACGAAUCGAAGAAAGAGAGAAGGAGAGUGUGUGUGUGUGUGUGUGAGAGCGAGAGAGAAAGAGAGAGAAAGAGUCAAGCUUGAUAAGAAAAGAGCGGAAGGGACAGUGAUCGGAGAGAAAGUCUUUUUUUCCUCCCUCUGCGAAGUAAGGGAGGAGGCCUCGUCCAUGAAUUUUCAUCCGAUUCGGAUACGGAAAGGACAUACCAUUAAAGUAAGAGUUAUCAGAUCUUUUUAUAGAGCAUUGUUUUUCAAGCAACAUUUUUCGCGUUGACGUACAUUCUUCUAAGACAGCUGUAUGUACACAUGAAAUACACACAGGACACACAUACACACACACACACACACGAUCAUCUCGGAUCGUCGUUGAUCGAUGACCUUUGUUUACGUGUAGCGACGAAAAGUGGUGGGGCUCGAGAACGUUUCCAAAUCGCUUCGAACGUUGAUCGAAAGUACGGGGGAAAGAAAAAGAAAAGAGAGAUAUAUUUACGUGUCUGUAAUAAAGCUCCGAGAAUCUACGCGAAUCUCGAUAGAUCGAUGCUCCAGGAAUCGAGUUACGACCGACAUAAAUCGAGAAGUGUCCGCGUAAUUGGCUGAGUCACGUGAGCGUUCUCAAUUCGACGUCGUAGUUUGUUUGUUUUUUUUUUCUUUUUUCUUUACCAUUGAACGGUAAUCGUUUUUCAACCGUUUCUCCGCAACUCCUUGGUCUCCUACUCUCUUAGGAAUCGCAAUUUUGUUUCCUAAGUGCUUCCUUAUUGGCACUAAGUUGAAAGAAAACGGUAUAUUUUUUCUACACUUCGGAAAGUAUUGCUUCAGCAAGUAUACAAUAGCGUGAUAUUUUUCACCGAGAGUAGCAGUCCCCUCUCCCCCUCCCCUUCAUUUAUAUAUAUAUAUAUUGACGCCCGUUUCGCGGCAACGCGAAAUAUCAUCGAUUUCCUCGAUCGUCCGUGGAGAUAGGCGUGCGAAGUUGUGUAGAAUAGUGAAUUACGAAGCUAUCCUGACUGUGAUAAGACAAAUCUAACGCAGAAAGUGGUGAAUUUCGGUAUCGCGAGAUCGUAAGAAAAUUUUAAGGUUAUUUCUGCACACGGAACAGAGCACCGGCCGUUCGUUUACUACUUAAUUUUCACUACACAUUCGACAGAGCAAACAUCAAAAAAUUGUCCUCGCUGUGUGUGGUUGUUCCAUCGAAUAUUAUUACAAGAGUCUUGAUUCCGAUGAAAGUAUAUCGAUCCCAUCGACGAAACGAGAUUUUCGAUGUUUCCGGCGAUGAACGAUCGAAAUUUUUCGCGCGUGCCUUUCAUAGAACCACUCGAAAAUCGCGGGAUCGAUCGAUAAACAGAAGAAAAGCCGGCCCCCGCCCUCGAAACUGGUUCGAGAUUCUUCUUAUAAUGGAAACUUGUCGUUCUCUGGUAGAAAGCAAUUCGAACUCGGGGACAGGUGGCUCGUGGAUCGGUCGAAACGUCUCCAUUCGACGGCGCGUAAUCUUUCUAUUGAUAUCUAUUUCUGUAAUUUCAUUUUUAUUACCAAGGACGCCACUCGAACGGUCGAUCGACAUCCCGCGCAAAGUUUGUACGUCAACGGAACGAUUUUGCGAGCAUCGGUAGCAUAAUAUUUAUGCUCGUGUCGUAAUCGUCGUUUCUGGCAUCAUUCUACGAUCAAUAUUGUCGGUUUUUCCUUCCGAGAAUGCAGCAGCUCGUAGCAUAAAUAUCUUCCACGAACUUCUAACCUAACCGAAUGAUCCUCCCCCUCCCAGGAGAGCGCAACGUCUUCGUGUAUUUCUUUCCGUUAAUAUGACGCGGCUCUAUUUUAAAGUAGUACCGAUAGAUGCCAGUAUAGAAUCAACGAACGGUAUGAACACACGUCGAUAACUGUCGCGGUGCGAAAAAACCGGGUUCUUUAUUUAUUUACGAGAGGACGCGCGUCGACCGAGACGAGCUUCGGGGGAUACGCGUAUCUCCCCUGUGUUGUGUCUCUACGGGACGGUACAAGAAAGAAAACAGUAAACUCUUAAUAAUUAACGGAACGUCGAGUGAAAAUCAGUGACGAUGUGUCGUUUGUCAGAAUCGUGUGUUUUUCAAUAGACCUCGCCAAGGGCAUUUGUUAACGGCGUUCGAAGUGUUACGUUCUCCU